UCAACAGAGGGGUAGGUUCAUUGGGAGGAUUUGCACUCAAGACACCAGUAGCCGAUUUCUAAAAUCUUGGCGACCGCCCUGGUAACAGCAUCCCCUAUGACUGUCCCCGCCAGAGCUGCCAGAAAUAAGGGAGAAAUGACUUUAUUAAAGUCUGGUUAUGAGGUCAUACACGGCAACAGUGAUGUUGCCAACAUCUGAGUGGGAGCUCCGGCGCCACGCCUGCAGGAGAUGCUCUGCAGCUGCUCCCCACAUCUCCUCCCUCGCUCCGGCCGUCUACACUGCUAGAGGCGCUCACCCUGCCAACUGAGUGGAUGUUCACUCAGUCUGGGCAAAGGAAAGACAGAAAACACCACAUCCGGUCUCACUAAACUGGAUACUCUGAAUCUACAGCUGGUUCGUCGUCGCCUCUAGACGCACAAUUGCGCGCAGCUACAAGAUAGCGAUAAGCUGCAUCGCCCAGUUCCAAUAUCAGGAUCGCUUUAUUCUGAUGUAUUUUGCAAAAUUAAGGAGAUAUCUGUCGUUCUGUCUUCCGUGUCUGUGGAUUUCCAUCUGUAAAAUCUCCAGAAAGUGAUGAGCAGGGAAUAUGAUUUCCGCGUAACUUCUCUUCACCGCUCUUAGUUUCUAUCCGCUCAAAAUCUCUAUUAAAUAAUGCAAAUCCUCCUGUACACAGCUGUGUUCCUUUACCUCAGGGAGUCUGCCAGCACAGAGCCGAAAGCCAAGUGUCCAACGCGGUGCGAUGUGAGUAUCUGUCCGAGCCCUAGCUGCCCCAGCGGCUACGUGCCGGACCGCUGCAACUGCUGCCUAGUAUGCGCCCGGGCAGAGGGAGAGCCGUGCGGCCGCAAGGACGACCUGCCGUGCGGAGACGGGCUGGAGUGCAAACACCCGGCAAGCAAGCGGCUCUCCAAGGGCUUCUGUCAGUGCAAGUUCAGCUACGAAGUGUGCGGCAGUGACGGGAAGACGUACGGGAACGUGUGCCAGCUGAAGGCGAACAGCAGGAAGACUCUGCAGCAGGGACUGCCAGGCAUCACCCAGAUCCAGAAAGGACCGUGUGAGACCAGCAUAGGUCUUUCACAUGCUGCCAGUCCACGUUACAAGUUCAACUUUAUAGCUGACGUGGUGGAGAAAAUCGCUCCUGCUGUUGUCCACAUCGAACUCUUCCUCAGGCAUCCUCUCUUUGGUCGGAACAUCCCUCUGUCUAGUGGAUCUGGGUUUGUGAUGUCAGAAAACGGACUGAUUGUGACCAACGCCCAUGUAGUCUCCACCACCACACCAGUGUCUGGUCAACAGCACCUCAAGGUCCAGAUGCAUAAUGGUGAUGUAUAUGACGCCAGCAUCAGAGACAUUGACAAAAAGUCAGACAUUGCUACUAUCAAAAUCAAUCCACAGAUGGAGCUGCCUGUAUUGUUUCUGGGCCACAGUGCAGACCUGAGGCCCGGAGAGUUUGUGGUUGCAAUCGGUAGCCCCUUCGCCCUCCAGAACACCGUCACCACCGGCAUUGUCAGUACUGCUCAGAGAGAUGGCAAAGAGUUGGGCCUCAGGGACUCCGACAUGGACUACAUCCAGACGGACGCUAUUAUCAACUACGGGAAUUCAGGAGGACCUCUUGUCAAUUUGGACGGGGAGGUGAUCGGCAUCAACACCCUCAAGGUUGCAGCAGGAAUCUCAUUUGCUAUUCCCUCUGACAGGAUCACGCGCUUCCUCAAUGAUUCACUCGACAAGCACAGCAAAGAUGUGAGGUCAAUAAAGAAGCGUUUCAUUGGAAUCAAGAUGCUGACCAUCACACCAGUGUUAAUUGAAGAACUAAAACAGCAGAACCCAGACUUCCCUGAUGUUACAAGUGGGAUUUAUGUUCAUGAGGUUGUUCCUCACUCACCUGCACAGAAAGGUGGUAUCAAAGAUGGUGACAUUAUUGUGAAACUGAAUGGCAGACCUCUGAUGACCACGGCCGACCUGCAGGGGGCUCUGCAGGAGGAGAUAUCCCUGCUGCUAGAGGUCAGGAGGGACAACGAUGACCUGCUCUUUAACAUCGAACCUGAUGUUAUUAUGCAGUAGACAGGAAGCUCAGCUUUCAUGCAGAGUUAGAUCAACAUCUAAGCCCCUAUUUGUGUGAAACAACUAGUCAGAUGAUGCACCAGUGCAGUGGAAUUUUUGUCUAGCGCACAUAUCUUCUGAUACUUUGGCAACUGGCUGUUAACUAUACCGAAGUAUAAGCAGCCCAUGGACAACAUGGUGCAAUGCAGUUUUGUUAUCAAGGAUUUACAGAUGUGCCAUCUGCUCAGACCAGGUCAGCAUUGGAACAGAUGAACACAAGUUCACCUUACAGAACUGCAUAAACCCAAACCCCUUUAAUGUAUAUUAAAUACAUUAUACAUUUUUCAACUCAUGGACACAUUUACUGAUCUUAAUAUGAGGCGAUAAUGGUUGUUAGGCAGAAACCUAUUAUGCACAUCACAUACAUUGAGAUAAAAGCAAAGCUGAUGAAUAUACAGUUGAAUUGAUACAUUUGCUAUUGCAUAUUUUAAAAACAAUUUGCUCUUAAGCAUUUUUAUUUCAAACAAAGUUUUUUCUGACUUGAUUCUACAAGUCCGCAAAACUCCCUUGACCCUUCCAGUACCCAUGCAAGGAUAAAGAGCUGGUCCACUGUUCCACUACCAGGACAGAAUCUGCUAUGCUUCUCCUUAGAACUGCUUUUUUGAGCCUGGGUCCAGCACACCAAGGCCCCUGCCAUCGCCUGCCACCAUUUGGCAAUUCAAACUGGGACGUUGUGGUUAAUGGUCGACCCCUCAGCCAUGCCGGCGCUCCACACUUGAUCCUCAUGUCCUGCCUUACAAGUGCUGGCUCCACAAGGUGAUGGCCCCACGUCACUCCUUUGGGCUGAGCCUGACUAGGCCCCAAGGGCAUGGGCCCAGCCACCAGGCACUCACCGGUAACCUUCUCUCCCAGGCCUGCCCGCAGCAGUGGUCCCUAGUCUCUUUAAUCCAAGUGAGGUAGCUUGUUUCCCAAGUUGUCACUCCAUAGGGGUUUCUGGUGAGGAGGGAGCUGAGCCUGAACAAGAAGAGCUCUUGAUUUGCGGGUCAAUCUACAUUCAAAUUCAUUGGUUGAUGACUGAAAAAAUAAGAUUGUGGAUACAAGCAUUCAAAAUGAGUUUCCUUUGCAGUUUCCUUUGCAGGGUGUGUGGUCUCACCCUUAGGGACAGGAUUAGAAACUCAAACAACCAGAAGGAGCUCAGAGUAGAACCGCUGCUUCUUCACGUUGAAAGGAGUCAAUUGAGGUGGUUCAGGAAUCUGAUUAGGGAUGCCUCCCUUUAGAGGUGUUCUGGCCAUGUCCAACUGGGACGAGACACAGGGGCAGACCAAGAACACUGCUGGGAUUAUAUAUCCUAUCUGACCUGGGAACACCUUUGGCUUCCCCAGGAGGAUGUGGCUGGGGAGAAGGAAGUAUGGGCCAACUCGAAUGCUCAAGAAUUGAGAGAAUUGUGAUUGAUGAAGAGAUUAAUGAUAAAGAGGUUAAUGAGAUCAAGUCUGUGUUAAUCAAAUCGUGUCAUUAUCAAAUAAUGAAAUGAUAUAAAAUGUAGUGCAAUUUUAUAAAUUCAGUCACCUUCAUCAACUCUGCUUUUAUCACUUACUGUUUGAGUUCCUUCAUAUAGAUGAUUCUUAACAGUAUCAGUCAUAAAAAAAAAUGCUCGUAGGCUGUAUGAAGGCCUUCCCUUUGGGAUGAUUAAAUCUCUUCAGUCAACUUAAGACAGAAGUACGUGUGUGUGUGUGUGUGUGUUCCAUCUACAGCCUCUGAUUUAAAAGAUGUGCACAGAAAGGUGUGAUUUAACACAAAGAGGUAAAUGUCUAGCAGGUUGAAUUCUUAAUGGGCCGAUUGUAAAAUAUGGCAAUAAUUUGAGGGCAAUUUCCAAAUUUGAUGCUUUGUGUCAAAUUUUAUUCAUAAGCAUCACAAUGAACUUCUGGUGUAUGUUUGAGUUGCCAUGAUUCCUUAAUGCUGUAAGCUGUCCUUCGAUAACCAAAUAUGAACCACAUGUGUUGAUUAAGUUUAAAUGAUGUGCUCUGCUGGAAUGAAAAGCACAAAAUGUGAGUAGAUUUUUUUACUUUUUAACGUUACAUUUUUUACGCUGCUCUGGUUCAUAACUGUGCUUUUAGUAUGAAUAGACUCAUGUUAUCACAUCGACAAAACUAAAUGUGUACAUAUAAGUUGCCAACAAAGCAAUACUCUACAUCAGCCUUUAGAAGCAACUUUUUCCAUCAAAUAAAGUUUUCACAAACUUCUAA